AUUGAAGAAAUGUAUGGUUGAUAUUGUCGAAGAUCAACAUACGUUCGUUGAAAUUCUGACGCGUACAAAUGAUCGGUCAACCGUUAGAACAAUGAAAAUUCAACACAUGACGAACAUUUGCCUCGUGGGCAAUUGCGUAUCAUACAAUUGAAACGUGUGAGUAAAGCUCCGCUGGUUUGCGGCGUGUGCAUCCAACAUACUCGAAUGCGUAUGCAUAUCUGUAUCGCUUGAACGCAGUUGUUAGGACACUUGGAGUAUCGAGCGAUUUGCAUACGCGUGCACUUACGUGUGUCAACCAGGAAAUGCGUUGCAUACAUGCCUUUCCUUCAGCAGUUUGCCCGUGUACGCUGACAUGCUGCAUGUGCUAUUCGUAUCAGAUAAUUUGACUGUAUUGCUGUCUUUUGUGAAGGAUAACGGAGAUAAUAGGAACAAAAAACAGACAUGCCAGUUUUUAUCAAAACUGUAUUUAAAGUUGUCUAAAAAUUUAAUUUUCCUGAAAUUUUAUAUUCGUGACGUUUUUUCUUUUACCUUUACUGUGAAAUUAUUCACUACUAUAUUUUUCAUGAUAUUGUAUUUAAAUUCCUGUGGUAUUUCCCAAUAUUUGAUGUUUGCAAUACCGCAACGCGUAGAUAUUUUAUCGUUUCUGGUUAACAACUUGUAUAAUGUCGCUUUGGAAGAGAGAAACUUCUUCAAAAUCUCCACAGUGUCGUUCAAGAUAAGAUAGCGUUGUUCAUUCAUCACACAGGGAUAAACCGUUGCAUCCUCUACAUUCCUUACAGAUCUCUUUGUAAACCACAUUCCUGCCAUAACUCCGACAGCAGCCUUCCAAAAGUGAAAUCACUCCGGACAACUGACGUGCUCACAAAACUAAAUGGAUACUUUCGUGUGGUCUCUCCUAAGAACUCGUGGUUUAUCUGCGUUAUGGCUUCUCCUGUUACUAUCGCCUACCGCUCUCGCUUUGUACAAUAUCGGCGUCGGAAGAGCUGACAGCACAGGGCCGUCCGCAGAAAUUGUCUUCAUGGGAUAUGCGAAACUGGAACAAAAGGGAAAUGGCCUUCACCUUCGUACGUUUUCCAGAGCUUAUAUAAUUGACGACGGCGCGGAAAGGUUCGUGUUCGUUAACGUGGAUUCUGGCAUGAUGGGUCAUGACAUCCGACAGGAGGUAUUGCGCAAAUUGAAAACCCAAUUUGGCGACAUGUACACGGAGAGGAACGUGAUGAUUAGUGCCACGCACACGCACUCAGCCCCCGGUGGCUACAUGCUAAACGUCCUUUUCGAUUUGCCCACAUUCGGCUUCGCCAGAGAAUCAUUGGACGCUAUCGUCAAUGGCAUAACGAAGAGCAUCCAGCGUGCCCACAAUGCCGUUGUGCCCGGAAGAAUCUUCAUCGCUCAUGGAAAAGUUUUGAACGUUAACAUUAAUAGGAGUCCGCAAGCGUAUCUUCAGAAUCCAAAAUCGGAAAGAGAUAAAUAUGAAGAUAAUGUAGACAAGAUACUAACACAGAUACAAUUUAUCGGUGCCGAUGAUGAGCCCUUGGGUGUCAUAAAUUGGUUCGCCGUGCAUCCAACAAGUAUGAAUAACACGAACCACCUGAUCUCCAGUGACAAUGUGGGCUAUGCGUCCAUUCUCUUUGAGAAAAUGAUGAAUAAAAACUCCGCGGUCGGCACAGGUCCGUUCGUAGCUGCCUUUGCCUCGACUAAUCUUGGCGAUGUUUCCCCAAAUAUACGUGGACCAAAGUGCGAAUUCUCUGGAAAUAACUGCUCCGAGCAGUAUACGUGCCCUGGAAAGAAGGAAAUGUGCUUUGCCUCGGGUCCUGGAAAGGAUAUGUUUGAGAGCACGAGCAUUAUUGCUCACAAACUUUACCAAGAGUCCGCGAGAUUAUGGCAAAGUAACGAAGCGGUGGAAGUGUUUGGACCGAUACGAGCGGUUCACCAGUACGUCGACAUGCCGGAACAGUCCGCGGAAUUCUAUAACGAGACAACGGGCAAGUUUGAGAACGUGCACGGCUGUGUGCCUGCGAUGGGUUACAGUUUCGCAGCUGGUACAACUGACGGACCUGGCUCGUUCGCUUUCGAGCAAGGAACAACGACGCCCAAUAUCUUUUGGAAUGCCGUACGAAACUUUUUGGCUGCUCCCACUGAAAGCGAUAUUCGCUGCCAUAGUCCGAAACCUAUUUUGUUAGCCACCGGACGGAUGAAACUACCCUAUCUAUGGCAGCCGAAAAUCGUCCCGACACAAGUAGCCGUAAUCGGGAACGUCGUCAUUGCCGGCGUGCCCGGUGAAUUCACAACAAUGUCCGGAAGAAGAUUGCGAGAGGCUAUCAAGAAAGUCGUAAAUAAUGCGUCCUCCGACGAAACAGUCGUAAUAGUCGCAGGGCUCUGCAAUAUUUACUCCGAUUACAUAACGACGCCCGAGGAGUAUCAAAUACAGAGAUACGAAGGCGCAUCGACGAUUUACGGUCCGCAUACGCUUACAAUAUACUUGAAGCAAUAUCGGGAGCUGGCACAGGCAGCUAUUCAAGGUAAAUCUGUUCCACCAGGACCAGCCCCUCCGGAAUUGCUGCAAAGUGGCGUGCUUACUCUUGUACCGCCCGUACUCUUCGACACCCCGCAAUGGGGACGCAACUUCGGGGAUGUCAUCCAGCAGCCGCCGAAAGUUGCAUCACCCGGUGACACAGUUUCGGCGAUUUUUGUCGCCGGUCAUCCCCGUAACAAUUUAAUGACUGAGAGUACGUUCUUAUCUGUGGAGCGAUUGGAGGAUGAUGAAGUGUGGAUAUCGAUCGCCACGGAUGCUGAUUGGGAGACCAAAUUUCAAUGGACGCGAACUAAUGUGAUACUGGGAUCGAGUCAGGUGACCAUUACGUGGGAAAUCCCGCAGGACGUUACACCGGGCGAAUAUCGUAUCAGACAUAAUGGUUAUUAUCGCUAUGUCCUUGGUGACGUGUAUCCUUACUACGGUGUCACCAAUCAGUUUCAUGUGAAAGUUCCUGCCCCGAACAUCCGUCAACGUUACUAUGGACACUAACGAUAUGCAAAUUAAUUAGUAUACGGACACAAAAUGAUUGUUUCCGUUUGAAGGUUCUCGUGUACCUUUACAUAUACGAGAUUGUACAUAAAAAAUAUAUAUAUGUACAUAAAAUAUAAAAUAAAUUUUCUCCCUUGCCAAAUAGA